CAAUUCACAUGCACUUCUUGUACCGUGUCUCCUUUAAGGCCAACACAUUUAACACAAACAACAAAAAAUAGUAAGAAAAAAACAACUUUGUACAAAGAAAAGUAUAUAAUCUAUUUUGGACAAAAAUGCAUAAUUAAGUACAUGUAAAUUUUAAUUGAAACAAACGAAAAAAUCCAUAAUAAAACAACAAACCCGAUUAGCUGACACCAAAUUUAGAAAAGUGAAACGAAAAUUAUGAACAUCAAAAUAUUCCAAAGAAAAUAUCAUCCUGCUGAAGUAGUGGCCAAAAUAACCUGCACAAUAUUACUAAUCUAUGCUGUGUUACCGCAUCGUUUUGCCUCGCAUUAUGAGUACCUGGAUGUGGAGGACAUACCAGAAGCCUUAGUUGCUCAAGUAACCACAAAUAUAUCACAACAACACAUGGAAGAGUGUCAGUACGAGGAGAUUCUCAAAGAGAAUACAUAUAUGUUUACUCCACACUAUCGGGAAGAGCUGCUGAAUGCGGAGGAGAUUCUAGCGGGUGGUGAAUAUUAUCCCGAGCACUGUCGUGCCCGGUUUAGUACCGCCAUAAUAGUGCCUUAUCGGCAGCGUGAGGAGCAAUUGCAUAAGUUUUUAAUUUACAUGCAUAACUAUUUACGGCAUCAGGAUAUACAUUAUAGAAUAUUUCUGAUAGAACAGUACGACCAGAAACCCUUUAAUAGGGCGAAACUGUUUAAUAUUGGCUCAAUUAUAGCGGCAGAACAUGAAUUUCCCUGCUUAGUAUUGCAUGACGUCGAUUUGUUGCCUUUAAAUUUGGGUAGUUUAUAUGCCUGCACCGAUUUACCUCGUCACAUGUGUGCUGCCUUAGAUAUGUGGCGUUUUCAUUUACCCUAUCGUGGCCUCUUUGGUGGUGUCGUUUCGAUACGGACCCAACAGUUUCGCACCAUAAAUGGUAUGUCGAAUAUGUACGAAGGUUGGGGUGGUGAAGAUGAUGAUCUAUUUGAACGUUUAAAGUCACGCCAUAUAAACAUUUGCCGUUUUGCACCACAAUUAAAUGAGUACACCAUGCUACGCCAUAAACCUGAGAAGAAAAAUGAAAAUCGUGUGGAACUUUUACGUUCGGGAGCUUUACGUUUCAAUACGGAUGGUUUAAAUUCUUUAGUUUAUACGGAAAAGGGUCGUCGUAUUCAUAGUUUAUUUACGCAUAUUUUGGUUCAAACAUAAGUUGGACUAAGUGGGUGUCAGGGGGAGAGAGAGAUUAACCAUUUAGUAUUUUUGAAAUUAUUGUUAAUUAGGAGGUUAAUUUGUGGUGUUGAAGCUUUAAAGGUGAGUAAAUUAAAAUUCCAUGAUUUUGACGAGAAGUUAUUUUUUAUAGAAAUUUAAAAUAAGCAACAGAAUUUGAUAGAAAUAGAUCUGACUAUAGUCUAGUCUAUAUUUAGUCUGUAGUCCAGAUUAUAGUCUAGUUUAUUGCUUAGAGUCUAAACAAUAAACUACAGUGUAAACUUUAGACUGUCGUCUAAUGUAUAGUACUGUCUAUAGUCUAGUCUGUACUCCAGACUAUAGUCUAAUCUAUAGUCCAGAUUAUAGUUUAAUCUACAGUCCUGACUAUAGACUAAUCUAUAGGCCAGACUAUAGUCUAAUCUAUAGGUUAGA